AUGAGCGUCGAGUGCCCUAUAUGUGGGAUUAAGACGAGCGAAGCCGUGGUUAAUCUGCAUUUAGAUCGAGGAUGUCCUGAGACUAAAAAGGCCAAGAAGGAAGAGAGGCUAUCUCAGAGCUCUUCGCAGUCCGAAUCUGUGGAGGUUGUGUCGGCAUCACAGCCAGCACCCAAAUCGACGCGAUCGGAGCCGUUGGCUGAGCGAAUGCGGCCCAAAGAGCUAUCAGAAUACGUCGGGCAGACACAUCUGCUUGGCAGCCAAGGGGUCUUAACCCAGCUAUUGUUAAUGGACAGGUUGCCGAGUCUCAUUUUGUGGGGGCCGUCGGGGGUAGGCAAAACGACGUUUGCCCGUUUACUAGCCCAGGUCACUAAAGCACGGUUUAUUGAGUUAUCUGCUACAAAUGCUAGCGUCAACGACGUCAAGCGGGUUGUAGCUGAGGCACAGAACGACCAGAAACUAUUGAAGCGGAAAACUAUUCUAUUUCUCGACGAGGUUCACAGAUUCAAUCGGACCCAGCAGGACUCGUUGCUGCCUGGGAUUGAAAAAGGUGAUAUAAUUCUUGUUGGAGCCACCACAGAGAACCCAAGUUUCAAGCUUCAGGGAGCUCUACUUUCCCGGUGCCGGGUUUUCAUUCUGGAGCCAUUGACGCACGGAAACAUCGUGACACUUCUUGAACGAGCAAUAAAAGAGGAAAACAUUCCCGUGGAAACACAGGUUAUCAAUUAUAUUGCCGAGAGUGCGGGUGGUGAUGCCAGGGCUGCGUUGAGCAUGCUCGAGGUCGUGCUUGCACUGCCCGAUAAGACCAUGGCGGCCGUAAAGCCGGCUCUCCGGCACGCCAUGUUAUACGACCAAAAGGGCGACAUGCACUACGAUCUGAUUUCCGCGUUUCAUAAGUCUGUUCGGGGUUCGGAUGCAGACGCAGCGCUGUACUAUCUUGGGCGAAUGCUCGAAGCUGGAGAGGAUCCUCUAUAUGUGGCCCGACGCAUGGUGCGUAUAGCCAGCGAGGAUAUUGGGACAGCAGACGACACGUGCUUGCCCUUUGCAGUAUCUGCUUUCACUGCGGCACAGCAAUUGGGUAUGCCUGAGGCAGACGUGAUACUUGCUCACUGUGCGGUCAAACUGGCCCGUGCGGUCAAAUCUGUGGACGUGUACAAGGCAUACAAAAAGCUUGCUGCGCAAUUGCAUUCAGAUCCACAAAUGGCCGCGGCAUCUGUGCCGAUACACCUGCGCAACGCGCCCACAAAGCUCAUGGAGGACAUUGGCUACGGCAAAGAAUACAAGUACAACCCGGACUAUGAAGGAAACGUAAACCAGGAGUAUUUGCCAGAGCAAUUACCAGAACGCAAGUGGCUAGUUCGGCAGCACAGUCAAUAA